CACCAGGAAGGGCCCCCUUUAGUUGAAUUUGUUUUAAAGCUUUUAGACUCGUCCCAACUGGCUUCAGUGUUUAGAAUUGCACAAUUAACCAGUCCUCUCUUGCAGGAGUAGACUAGGUCGUCCACGUCCCUCUGACAGUCCCUGACCCCAGCACACUUCUGCCAGGCCGGGCUGCGGGAGGCCUUCCACUCGCGCUCUGUGUGUGGUUUGUCCCUAUCACGCCAGUGAGUCUGUCUUGCUUCCUUUUUUAAAACAGACACUUGAGUUGUACAGAACACAUAGCUUAGGACUUCAAGCUGUUUCUCACGCUCCUCUCUCCUGGGCACUUGGCUUCGCUUACUUGCUGUCCAGCAUCCCCAUUACAGGACCAUGUCCACAUCCUGCCCACAUAUCUGGCUCCCGCUGGAAGCUGUCUUAAGAGUGAAGGAGUGGGGUCGGGAUCAGCUUGCCUGAAAGGGGAUGUAUGCUCCCAAGGUACCUGGAGGAGGUGGGCUACACGGACACCAUCCUAGACAUGCGCUCCAAGCGCGUGCGGUCCCUACUGGGCCGCUCCCUGGAGCUCAACGGGGCGGUGGAACCCAGUGAAGGGGGCCCCCGGACUACACCAGGCCCUGGGGGCCUCAGUGGUGGGGAGUCGCUGCUGGUGAAACAGAUUGAGGAGCAGAUCAAGAGGAAUGCGGCAGGCAAAGACGGCCCAGAGCGCCUGGGCAGCUCUGUGCUGGAGCAGAUCACCUUCCUGCGGGACUGCGAGGAGGAGGACAGCGACGAGGACGACGAGCUGGACAGUGUGCAGCACAAGAAGCAGCGCGUGAAGCUGCCAUCCAAGGCCCUGGUGCCUGAAAUGGAGGACGAGGAUGAGGAAGAUGACUCAGAGGACGCCAUCAAUGAGUUUGACUUCCUGGGCUCAGGAGAGGACGGGGAGGGCGCUCCUGACCCUCGGCGUUGCACGGGAGACGGGACCCACCAUGAACUGGAAAGCCGGCGAGUCAAACUCCAGGGAAUUUUGGCUGACCUACGGGACGUGGACGGGCUACCCCCUAAAGUCACUGGCCCUCCUCCUGGCACACCCCAGCCCCGGCCACAUGAAGGUUCCUUUGGCUUCUCCUCAGACGUCUUCAUCAUGGACACUAUCGGGGGCGGGGAGGUGAGCCUGGGGGACUUGGCAGAUCUCACCGUCACCAACGACAACGACCUCAGCUGCGAUCUGUCUGACAGCAAGGAUGCCUUUAAGAAGACCUGGAACCCCAAAUUCACCCUGCGCUCACACUACGAUGGCAUCCGCUCCCUGGCUUUCCACCACAGCCAGUCAGCUUUGCUCACCGCCUCAGAAGACGGCACCCUCAAGCUCUGGAACCUGCAGAAGGCCGUCACGGCCAAAAAGAAUGCCGCACUAGAUGUGGAACCUAUCCAUGCCUUCCGGGCUCACAGGGGCCCUGUUUUGGCAGUGACCAUGGGCAGCAACAGUGAAUACUGUUACAGUGGUGGGGCCGAUGCCCGCAUCCACAGCUGGAAGAUUCCAGACCUCAACAUGGACCCCUAUGAUGGUUACGACCCCAGUGUGCUGAGCCACGUCCUGGAGGGCCACGUGGACGCCGUGUGGGGCCUGGCCUUCAGCCCCGCCUGCCAGCGCCUGGCUUCCUGCUCCGCCGACGGCACCGUGCGCAUCUGGGACCCCAGCGGCAGCAGCCCUGCCUGCCUCUGCACCUGCCCCACAGCCGGCGAUCACGGCGUCCCCACCUCAGUGGCCUUCACCAGCACCGAGCCUGCCCACAUCGUGGCCUCCUUCCGCUCUGGCGACUCCGUCCUGUACGACCUAGAGGCCGGCAGUGCCCUCCUCACGCUGGAGUCCCGGGGUAGUAGUGGUCCGACCCAGAUCAACCAGGUGGUGAGUCACCCGAACCAGCCCCUCACCAUCACUGCCCACGACGACAGGGGCAUCCGCUUCCUGGACAAUCGGACAGGGAAGUCUGUGCACUCCAUGGUUGCCCACCUGGACGCAGUCACCUGCCUAGCAGUCGACCCCAACGGCGUAUUCCUGGUGUCAGGAAGCCACGACUGCUCUUUGCGCCUGUGGAGCCUGGACAACAAGACGUGCGUACAGGAAGUCACGGCCCACCGCAGGAAGCACGAGGAGGCCAUCCACGCCGUUGCCUGCCACCCCAGCAAGGCUCUCAUUGCCAGCGCUGGCGCCGACGCUCUGGCCAAGGUCUUCGUAUGAUGCCCGCCUGGCCCCACCCUGGCCGCCGAGCUGGCUAGGGAGCGGGGCUGGGCGGCAGGGACUGAGGUUGCUCCCGCCUCUUCCCGCCGGCCUGGGGCCUGGUGGUGCUAAGAGCCCUUCCCCAGGAGGGCAGCUUGGGACGCAGCUCCCUGGGAAGUGCCCUCCGGGAAGGCCCCAGACGCUGCCGCUGCCACCGCCACCGCUCCUGGUCUCUGGGCUGCCUCCUGGGACAGCGAGCAAGGCUGGUGUCCCGAGGGACCAGCUUUCCCAUGAUGCCAGCAGGUGCCAGGUUCUCUGAGCUCCCGAUCCCUCUCCAUCCUCCCGGGCCGGGGUGGGAUCUGUGCAGGGGCGUCCCCAGCCUCCAUGCACAGGGACCACGGGCCAGCUGGACCCCAGUAGUUCUCAGUGGGGUGUGGGCCUGAUUCACCCCAGAGGCACCCGUGGUCCACUGCAGCCCCUCAAGUCCCUGACACGGCCUUCCACACACUACCCACCGCCUCCAGGCCAGUAACUGCCUGGGGCGCCGGCAGGGCCCCAACUCCCCACGCUGCCCCCAUGGGCACACCAAUGGGAGAGAUGACCUCAUGCUCCUCCUGGGGCACAGAGGGUGGGGUGGGGUCCCUGGACCCUCCAGUACUCCCUGUAUAUCUGUAUAAAUAAAUGGGAUUUUAAUGGAGCCCCGCCCCCCCAUGUUAUCACUGUGUGAUAGUCUGUCAGUCUCCUCUCCUGCCCUCCACUCUUCUUCCUCUAUUUAUUUCACUCUUUUCUGGGUUCCACCCUGUGCCCUCGGACCCCCUCCCUGGUAUCUGUUUAUAAGCCCCAUCCCCUCUGCCCAGAACGCGUAUGUGAAACUUGUCUCAAUAAACCCUUUGGA